AGCCGAGCAGCCCGAGUGCUGGGGAGAGAGACAGAAGAAAAGUUAGUCAAGAUGGCAAAUCCCACAGACCCGGAGUGAAGGGGCACCGCUCCCCGAAAAAGCUGAGUCUGUCGCCCGUCCUGAGACAAACAUAACGAUGCAAACUCCGCCAGGAGGCUUAGGAGGGAUUCCCUGAAGAAAAAUGCCAGAGAGGCUGAAGCCGAUGUGACACAGGAGUGUGCUGGAAGAAAGCUGACUCAUCAAAUAUCAGUCCCUCUGGGAGUGACUCAGCAGCAGAGAGCAGCUCAUACCACCUAAUGCCUAGCUAGAAGAGCAUCUCACAUCCCCUACCAAAACCAACGGCGAUCAUCAGACGGCGCUGAAGCCCUUCCAGCAGGAAUAUAUCCCUCACCACCAGAAGGUCUAACAGAGACUGCUGUCCUGCUGUCCCAGCCGCCGACAGAGCUAGAAUGGCAUCACGGAGCUUCAGCUGAGCCUCGCUGGAGCCCUCACCUGACCCCUGCCCCCCUCCCCAUAAGUUUUACCCAGACCAUCAGUGUAGAGUUUGGCGGAGGUCGCUCUCUGAGUCGCUUCCCACAGCUCUCAGCCCAGCCCGGCGCCGCCGCAGUCCCUCGGCCUUCACCCCGCCUCGCAGACCAUGAUGUUUCGUGACCAGGUGGGCGUGCUAGCCAGCUGGUUCAAGGGGUGGAAUGAGUGCGAGCAGACAGUGGCUCUGCUGUCCCUGCUGAAGAGGGUGAGCCGGACCCAGGCCCGCUUCCUGCAGCUCUGUCUGGAGCACUCCCUCGCCGACUGCACCGAACUGCAGGUCCUGGAGGGAGAGGCCAACAACCCAGGGGUGAUCAGCCAGUGGCAGAGUGAGUCUAAGGAGCGCGUCAUCUCACUUGUCCUCACCCACCUCCCGUUGCUUAAACCUGGCAAUGUUGAAGCAAAGAGUGAGUACAUGCGCCUGCUGCCUCGCAUCCUGGCCCACACCAUCGAGCAUGGCCACCACCUGGAGGAGUCUCGACAGCUCCUGUCCUACGCCCUCAUCCACCCUGCCACCUCCCUGGAAGACCGCGCCGCCCUGGCACUGUGGCUUAAUCACCUUGAGGAGAGGGCCGCUGCCCGGGGGGACUCACUAGAAAGACCUCCUCCUGCUGGGCCACACCACCACCACCACCACCAGUCCACACCUCCAUCCACCCUCACCUCAUCAGGAUCCUCCUCCUCCACUAACACAUCUUCAUCAGGAAAUCUCUACUCCUUGCAUCACCACCAGCGCUACGGCUCGGACGACCGUCUCAAUGGGUGGCAGAGCUCCAGGGAUUCAGGGCUGGGCGGAGGCUGGCAUCAGCAGCAGGGCUGUGAGAACGGGCACCUCCUUCUCUACCCAUCAUCCUCUGUGCCGGCGACCAUCAACACAGUGGGAACAGGUGGAGGCGGGAACACGAUCCUGACGAGCGGCGGGGGCAGCCAGCAGCACAGUCCCCUGAAGCGCUCCGUGUCCCUCACGCCUCCCAUGAGCGGCCCCAGCAACCAGCCUCUGGGCCACGUCUGGCUGUCCCAGGAGGACCUACGGACCGCGAGAGGCCCAGCCCUGGACCACGCUCCUCUCUCACCCCAGAGCAGCAUCGCCUCCUCGGGCAGCGGGGGCAGUGAGCACCUGGAGGAGGCAGGUUUAGGAGGAGGUUCAGGUCUGCAUCGCAGCUCCUUCCAUGAGGAGGGCAGUGGCAUGAGAGAUGUCCCUGCGUGGCUGAAGAGUCUCCGUCUCCAUAAGUACGCUUCUCUAUUCUCCACAAUGGCCUAUGAGGAGAUGUUGUCUCUCACUGAAGAGCAGCUAGAAGCACAGAAAGUUACAAAAGGAGCAAGACACAAAAUCGUUAUCAGCAUCCAGAAGCUCAAAGAGCGGCAGAACCUCCUUCGCAGCCUGGAAAAGGAUGUGUUGGAGGGCAGUAAUCUGCGUGGCCCACUGCAGGAGCUCCACCAGAUGAUCAUGACGCCCAUCAAAGCAUUCAGCGGCGGCGAGGAGGCCUCCCUGCAGCGCCCCCUGCUGAGCCCUGAGGGCAAGAGCGCUGCACCCGGUUCCCACCUGAGCGGUGGUGGCGGCGGAGGGGAGGCCGAGUCAGGCACAAGCGUCAUCGCUGAAGGGGAUCUACCCAGCCAGUUCACCCGCGUCAUGGGCAAAGUUUGUACCCAACUACUGGUGUCGAGGUCAGACGAGGACAACAUCAGCUCCUACCUACAACUCAUCGACAAGUGCCUUAUCCAUGAGUCCUUCACUGAGACGCAGAAGAAGAGGCUGUUGUCAUGGAAACAACAGGUCCAGAGGCUGUUCCGGUCCAUUCCGAGGAAAGCCCUCCUUGACAUAGCAGGCUACCGACCGCAGAGGAGCCGUUUCGGCCAGUCCAACUCUCUCCCCACCUCUGUCUCUGUUGGGGGCGGCGUGUCGGCCAGGAGGAGUCUUCGCCAGUUCCAGAUGCCCUCCAGGAGCUUGCCGGGUGCCAGGCUGGGCCUGCUGGGCAGCGGGGGUCUGCUGGGACCCACACCUCGCAGCUCCAGCAGCACCCCCACAGGCCCCAAGCAGGGGAGGCAGGGUCUGUGGUUUGCCAACCCCGGAGGAAGCAACAGCAUGCCCAGCCGGACCCACAGCUCCGUGCAGAGGACCCGGUCCCUGCCGGUCCACACCACGCCGCAGACCAUGGUCAUGUUCCAGCAAGCCGAUCUUCAGUUGCCGGUGACGGAGCCAGACAUCAACAAUCGCCUUGAGUCUCUGUGUCUGAGUAUGACGGAGCACGCCUUGGGAGACGGUGCCGACCGCACAUCAACGAUAUGAAACGAGGACCUGAGUGAGAGCAGCAGGUUCACGAGGCUCUCUCACGACAAGUCACCUCGAGGUCACCAGCCCUCCUGUCCCCUCCUCCUGUAGCCGAUGGUAGAGCUCAACCAAAGGAUCGGGCGGGAUCCAAGAAACACAAGAGAGCCGCUCAUCAAAAGCGGCUAACACAAGCUAUCACAUUGGCACCGUCCAUCGGGUCGGAAACACACUUCCUGCUCCGCCAGCAUGCUCACAGUCACCUGCGUCAGGGUGAGGAGAGAGAAAAGCACUGAACACGGCCCGGACAGUGUGUGAACAGCGCCCUCACCCCCCGGGGAGGCCAGAAGAAGAACUGCAGUCCAGUCAGCCCCAGCAGAAGGGAGACGCUGUGCUGUGGAUCAGGGCCCAGGGAGACUGAGGCCCUCUCCCUCUCUGACACCCUCGUGGCAUCUUUCAAAUCCAUCACAGUACCUCAGACCCAAAAACAACACAAGGCAAGCAGAGCAAGGACGACGCAGAAGGAAGUUUGGGAUUUCCUUGACUGUUUUCAGUGAGGACUGAGUGCUCGUAGAGCUCGGGAAGGCCUCUUCUUCAGUAUUGGGUGGCAAAAAAAGAAUCAUUUAUUUGUGUUGUAUGUAUUUAUUGUUUACAUAACGAUGCUACUUUCAAAGGGUACAGAAACAUUUAUGAAUUUCAGGUAUGAAUCGUGUAAUAUUCUGUAAAGCCUUGGCUGCCUACCAGCUUUACGUCCUAUGAGUAGCCAUCACGCUAGUUUACAACCGACAUGCUUAUUCUUUAUUUUAGCGGCCAGCAACGAAGACGUGUUGGCUUGAACAUUUACCAAGAGAGAAGCAGAGGGAGGAGGAGGAGGUAGAGCAGACGUGUGACGAAGGAUACGAGGAGGAAGGUGACGAGGAGAAGGACACAGGAAGUGGUAGAAGAAAGAAUCGAGCUGAAGUGAUACCGGAGAGGGAAGCGGAUGUUUAGAGGAGAAAGACAUCAGAGGCAGGACCUUUGAUCGGCUGAUGGUGACAAGAGGAAGAUGAUGUCAUGUCUAAUCAUAUUGUGAGUCUGUGAGUGAGUGCGGGAGGAAGUGAAUUUGGCACCGGUCAGUCACAUAUUGUUUAUCCAUAGCAUGUACUGUAUGAACUCUUUGAAUUCAGAGCCUUCGCAGGCACAAUGCAAUGAAAAUCGAGGUUUUUAUAUGCGGAAAUGGGAGAUUAAUGCGGCUGUACGGUCAGUGGGAUCGGUCUGCAUGCUCAGAUUCUGGGUUCAGUGGUUUCUCUAAAAGCAGGGUGAUAUGCUUAAGCUGCAUGUUAGAACUAAAUAUCUUUGUUGGAGCAGAGGACGAUUGUGAAACGUGUGAGAUGUCGAUUCGGUCUCCGCUCAGGCCAUGUUGCUGAGAGGAUUGCAACAUUGGAGAGAUCACACACUGUCAAUCCAUGAAGGGUAGUUUUCCCAGAGAUUGUCUCAUUAGCGCUUACCUCCGCCUGCUGGCCAAACACAGUCAUGGCAGGACAGACGCCGAAGUCCCUGGACACACUGGCACUGCAGAUCAUCGAAAAAUCAUUUAUGAGCAACGCAUGGGGAGAGAUGAGUGCUGCAGGAAGCCCCUCGUGUAACACGGUCUUCUGUCUGUUCUGGCAGCGCAGGCCUACGUGGAAUUUAUUUUCUUCUUUUAAAAAUCUGAAUCUCAUGGUUAUUCUGUGUCUUAAUAUUUAUCCUCAGUUUAUUGUGUCUCGUACAGACUUUAUAAGAAUAGGUUUAUAUGGAGAUAAGCUGGUUAGGAAACUCCCUCUGUGCCGCGUUCAGCCGUGUGCUGACCCCGAGUGGUCAUCACUGAGGGUUAUUGAUUAUUAUUCCUUUAUUAGUUUGUUGCAAUUCUGUAGUACUUCCUUUGUAUCCUGCACUUGAUAUGAUAAUGUGAUACACUAAAAUCCAAAUGUUCAAGGCUCAAGCAACAGUUUGGUGCUUUGGAGUUGGAUCAAACGGAGGAGAUGGAGGAGACGAGGCCGGCGCUCGACUCGACCGCCGAGCUGCAGUCUCAGCGGACAGACCGAAGUCGUGCGGCGAUGUUGAAUCCCGCGGCAGAGACGAGGAGCUCUCGUUGACUUGAAAUGUUUUCUGUUUGUCUGACGGUGGAUGCUGGAGCUGAAAACUCCCUCUUGUCGUGUCGUUUCAGGCCGGGCUGAGUCGUCCCACCAGUGUCUGUGCAGGUUUUAGCCCUUUUGCCUGCUUCCUUCUUAUGGUCUUCAUUCCAACUCAUUAUGGAGUUAAAAUGAACUCGUAGUUCACAGCGAACAUCGCGUUUACUUUUCCUCCUCUUGUUUGAUGCAGUGCAGGCGAACACACAACAAUAAUUUGGACAAAAAUAAAUGGCGGCAUGAUGUUUGCUGCGAUGAACCACCAUCUCAAAUGAGGACCAUAACAGAAGCAACUGGCUGCCACCAUCUAAAACACUAAAGUCCACUUUAAACACACGGUAGAAGCAGCCAGCGGUGAUGCAUUCAGUGUACGAGCUGCGUUAAAGGGACUAAAACGUGCAUAAAACCUGUUGUGGUGCCUGAGGCUGUUUGCCCGUCUUGAUUGGCUGAACGUAGCUUCAGAUCCCUUGACUGAAGCUGCAGUGUGGAUCACACACACACACACACACACACACACACACCACAGAUAAAGUGCAAGAGCCGUGACAGCGCAACAUAAUCUUCAGCGUUUCAGGUGCGUGUGUGUGUUUUGCGCUCUUCGACUUUGCGUCUGUAAGAGCCAAUCGGACGUCACUCACGUCGUUCACGUUUGUGAGCGAAGAUCUGCGACUCCACCAGAGCGUGAAUGUGACGUGAAGCCACAGACUGAUGUUACACCUUUGACAUGUUUUUCUCUGACGCUCCUCGCUGAGAAUCGGACUGUUUCAGUGUCACGGCCAUACGAAUCAGUACUUAAAGUAGAUACAAUUAUUUAUUCUUUUUUUUCAGAGGUGAUACUUUUACUCAUUUAGGUGUAUUAUUAUUUAAAGUACCAUAUGUAUUAACAUGUUAUGGCUGGUGACCAUACGUACAUCUCAAAUAUUAACAUAGCUAUUGUUGACUUUUGUUCGUUUGUUUUUUGUUUUUGUUUUUGUUUUUUUGUUGCUGUUUUUGAACUAUAAUCUUGUUUGUAUCUAUCAGUGUCAUGUUGAGAUUCUUCAUGUGAAGCUUCGCUGCAGGAAACGGUCCAUCACAGACGCAUCCAUUCACGUUCCGGCUGCAAAACUCACAUCGGGCGAGCUGUGUUGUUGUUUUAGCCUUUGGCAGGCCGGGUAGUAGACUGGUCCCUUCUGAUCUGGAGUCUGAAACUGGUGCUGUGGGCGAUUUCCCACCUCCUGAGUGGGAGAGGGUUUUGCUGUAGGUUUCUAGGUGUGCUUCAUUAACAGAAAAGGCUGGUAUUUUGUAUUGUUCUUACUGUCAACAAAUCCCAUGAAAAGACCAAAUUCAACAAAGUGUUUGUCCGUCUCUCAAUGCUUUCCAACUUGGCCGCUUUGCUGUGGCUCUCGACAUCAAGCCGAUUGAUCCUGCUGAUGACGUUUACCUUCAAAAACGGGUCAAAAGUAUUUAGUUUCACGUUUAAAAAAAAUUUAGUGAUUUUCUAAAACAGCUGCUCACUGAGGUUUUUGGUAAACUUAACUUUAACAGGAGGAAAUAUUGCAUUUUUUGGGGAACUACUUUCAGCUGCGGAUUAAUCCACGUUUGAUUGUCCAGUGAGUAUUAGGGCAGCAGAACAGUGUGUGUCGCACUGAGUCAAAUAAACCACAGUGUGUGUGUGCGGUUCAUUGACUGCGUGAAUAGUGGAUGGAGCUUUUGGGUCUAAAAAGUGACGCCAGUGCAGAAGUGCUUUAAACUUUCAGUCUUUCCACUGUCCAGCAGGGGGCGACUCCAUUGGCUUAUAAUGUCCU